AUGGCCGGUAUCGACUUGUCUGGAAACUCUUUGUCACAGGAGAUUCCAAAUGGGCUCACAACCCUUCUUGCAAUCAGAUACCUGAACUUAUCAGGAAAUCAUCUGUCAGGUUUUAUCCCCGAAGACAUUGGCAAUCUAGUACUGCUGGAAUCCUUGGACCUUUCUCGGAGCCAACUAUCAGGGGAAAUGCCUCCAAGCUUUACAGAUUUGAAGAGCAUUACCGUUCUGAACCUCUCGAGCAACAGUUUAUCGGGGAGGAUACCUACGGGUGAUCAGCUGCGGACACUCGAUGACCCGUCAAUAUACAGCAAUAAUCUUGGGUUAUGCGGGUUUCCGUUGGAAGACUGCGUAAGCUCGUCAACACCGACACAAACUGAAACAAGCCUGGAUGAAGAUAGAGAGACACUGUGGUUUUACUGCUUUGUGGCUGCUGGGUUUAUCUCUGGGUUCUGGCUAUACUGGGGCACCUUCUUGUUUCGCAGCGAGACAUGGAGGUAUUCAUUAUAUCAGUAUGUGGACAACAUGCAAGCGAAGGUGACCAAGAAGAUGUAUAGCUGCAUGAAGCGCUUCCAGGCCAACGUCUCUGAAUGA